CAAGCUCACAACCUGGCCAGUGUAGGCAGUACUCCUUCACUUGAUCAAGCUCUAGCUCCUAGCCUCCUACGUACCCCCUGUCAUGUCAAGCUUCAACCACGCCAACGACACCGCCCAGGGCAACGCCUCUCCCCCGUCUGCGGCUGCUACACCUACGCUCGGAGUUGGACCCCUUCCGCUAGACGCCGGCGAGUUCCGGCGUCAGGGACGUCAAGUUGUGGACUUCAUCGCCGACUACUACGACCGCAUAGACGAGUACCCCGUCCGCCCGGCCGUCGCUCCCGGGUUCCUAGCCCGACAGCUUCCCGACACGGCGCCAGCAUGGCCGGAGCCCGACGCUCUCGCCUCGGCGCUGCGCGACGUCCGCGAACUCAUCCUUCCCGGCGUCACCCACUGGCAGAGCCCCCGUCAUUUCGCGCAUUUCGCGGCCACGGCCAGCAACGUGGGCGCGCUCGGCGAGGCCCUCGCUGCGGGCCUCAACAUCAACCCUUUCACGUGGGCCGCCUCGCCGGCGGCCACCGAGCUCGAGGUCGUCGUCACGGACUGGCUCGGCAAGGCGCUGCACCUCCCGGAGCAGCUGCUCUUCUGCGGCGGCGGAGGCGGCACGUUGCUGGGGACCUCGUGCGAGGCCAUGCUCUGCGCCAUCGUCGCCGCGAGGGACCGGAAGCUCGCCGAGGUGGGAGGCGAGGAGAGGAUGGGCGACCUCGUCGUCUACUGCUCCGACCAGACCCACUUUUCGUUCAAGAAAGCCGCGCACGUCGCCGGCAUUCGUCGGGCGAACUGCCGGGAGAUACCGACGUGCCGGGAGAACGGCUUCACGCUAUCGCCGGCGGCGCUGCGGGCCGCCGUGCGCGCCGACGAGGCUGCGGGGAGAGUCCCACUAUUCCUGUGCGCGACGGUGGGAACCACGCCCACAGCGGCGGUCGACCCUCUCCGCGAGCUGUGCGCCGCUGUGGCGGGGCACGGCGUGUGGGUGCACGUGGACGCGGCCUACGCCGGCGCCGCGUGCAUUUGCCCGGAGUUCAGCCACAUCGCCGCGGGCGCUGAGGCCGUGGACUCGUUCAGCACGAACCCGCACAAGUGGCUCCUGGCCAACAUGGACUGCUGCGCGCUGUGGGUGCGUAGCCCGUCGGCGCUCGUGGCGGCGCUCGGCACCGACGCCGACGUGAUCCUCAAGGACGCGUCUGCGUCGGACGUCGUGGACUACAAGGACUGGCAGGUGGCGCUGAGCCGCCGGUUCCGCGCGCUGAAGCUGUGGCUCGUGCUCCGCUGCCACGGUGUGGAGGGCCUCCGGGGCUUCGUGCGCGCCCACGUGCGCAUGGCCGCGGCCUUCGAGGGCAUGGUGCGCGCCGACGCGCGGUUCGAGGUGCCCGUGCCGGCGCGGUUCGGGCUAGUGUGCUUCCGCCUCCGCCCCGCUGCCGAUGACGGUACGGCCGAGGCCACGAACGAGCUCAACCGUAGGCUGCUGGAGACGGUGAACGCGACGGGGCGCGCGUACAUGAGCUGCGCGGUGGUGGGCGGCAUGUACUUGCUGCGGUGCGCCGUCGGGAACUCGCUCACGGAGGAGCGGCACGUCCGGGAGGCGUGGAGCGUCGUGCAGCAGCAAGCCGACGCCGUGCUGGCCCUGGCGGCCGCCGGCACCGCUGCAACUUCGAAGGAGCGUACGGUUCAGGAAGCCCGACGCAUGGAGACCACCGUGCAUGAAAAAUGGCGUUCACCGCCGCACACUGCGUACCACGUGAUUCGUUCUUAUCGCGUUGGCUUUCCUCUUGGGUAAAUAAAAUAAUCUUGCUAAGUUUCAGCUCACUUCGUUAA